GCAGUUGACGUUUGAAAAGGGAAAGGGAAAAAUUCCUCUCUACUGAAGAAUUAUGGACGACUUAGAAUUAAGAGUCUUUAAGAAAAAAAGAUCGCUUUUUGUUGAAAAUGUUGAAAUAAAUUGUACAUUUUUAGAUUCAAUUAAAAGUCAUGAAAUAUUCAAUAGUGAAGAAUGUACAGCAAUUAUGAAUGAAAGAACUCAAAAUUCAAAAGUUAUGAAAUUUUUUGAUAUGAUUACUUCUUGUUCAAAAUCUGGACUUUUUGAACAAUUAUGUAUGGCUUUAACAAGAUCAUUUCCAUGGUUAGCUAAAGAUUUACAAUCGGAUUUAAAAACCGAAAGAGGAAAUUUAGUAAUUGAUCCUGAUGUUGUUAAAGAGGCGGCGAUGCUUGUCCACAGAAAAUUUGGAACUAGUAGACGAUUAUCCGAAUUAGAAAAGAAGGAAAUUCAAGAUAUGAUUGCCUUAAAAAUUCAAAUCUCUAAAGAAGAAUGGAGAACGGAAUUAAAAGAACUCAGGGACGAGUUGGAACAUCAACAGAAUUUAGAGAAACACAGGAAAGCUAAAGAAAUAGAAAUUGCUAAAACUUUAUCCAAAUAUAUUAAAGACAAUAAAGAUAAGCUAUCAAAUAACGCCCAUGACAUGGAAACAACUACGCAGUUAUUGAAUGCUCCUACAGAGGACGGUGAUAAUCUUCCUGUAAUCAGGCGAGAAGUACAAUACAUACUCAAAAAAUUUAGCGCUACCCUCGUCGAAAAGAGCAUACUAAGCGAAGACAGAGAAAGAUGCUUAAAAGCCUUGAAAUUGCCGUUGGAUACCUCUUCUUUAUACGAUACUUUAAACCAAGAGUUCAAGGAUCAGGAGGAAAAGGUGAAAAAGUUGAAUAAUGAAUUAAUCGAAAAGGAAAAACAAUUAAAACAAACAACAAAAUCGAAAUGGGAUUUGGAAGAUUCAAGCAGAGAAAUUAAUGAUAAAAUGACACAAUUAAAGAGUGAAUUGUCCGAAAAAACCGUUAAACUGUCAACAAUUCAAGAAGAAGUUAGAAAGAAACAAUUGGAACUAGACGAACUUAAAAAGGCGAUUAAAGAUAAGGGGAUUCAAACUACACCUACUGAAAAUGGAACGGCUAAAAAGCUGACUAGGCCUAGUAGUAAAACCAAAUUAACCCUAAAGUAAGUCUUCCUCUAAUUUUGACCCUAAUCUCUCUUCUUUCUUACUUUGUUUUCUUUUUGGAUUGAAUCUUUAUUAUUCUAAUAAAAUAGAAGUAUUUUUAAAUUGAAUACAUCACAUCUUUAUUCCGAAACAGUAGUAUUUAAAGAGUAUAUAUUACAUAUAUACAGCAUAUAGGCCUAUAUAUUAUUAUUAUUAUUACUGUUG